UAUAGAUAGAUACACACACAUUACACAUACGUACAAACAUUACUCACACAAUUUAUACACUCACGCACGUUCAUUACACCCUUCUCUACAUAACCAACUUCCAUUUUCUCUCUCUUUUUCACAAAUAAUAUAUUCAUCCCUUAAUUCUCUUUAUUUUUUGUAAUUCUUACUUCAUCUCAGCCGCCCACAAUUUCAAAGAAAUACGGAUUAAUUAGUUAAGAUGAUCGGAGAGUUCAUCACCAGUUGUUUAAUAUUGGUUCUUGGAUACGCAUACCCUGCAUUUCAGUGCUUCAAAACUAUAGAGAAGAACAAAGUUGAAAUCCCAGAACUCAGGUUUUGGUGUCAAUAUUGGAUAAUCGUCGCGGUUAUAACAGUUCUCGAGAAAAUCGGCGAUGUUUUCAUUUCAUGGUUGCCUAUGUAUGGAGAGAUGAAAUUGGCCCUUUUUAUCUAUUUAUGGUAUCCAAGAACACAGGGAACAGGAUACGUGUACGAUACCUUAUUACGGCCGUAUGUUUCGAGACACGAGACAGAUAUUGAUAGAAGUUUGAUAGAAUUUAGAGACAGAGCAUGGAAUUUAGCAAUUUAUUAUUGGCAUAAUUGCACGGAGCUUGGUUCGACGAAAGUUCUCCAAUUUCUACAAUUUGUGACUUCUCAAUCUGCUAGGGUUACACAUCCACCUUCCGAGAAUCCGGUGAAUCAGCACACCGGUGGUGGUGGAGCUCCUACUCCGUCAGCACCGCCGGCACCUUCCGGACUAUUCAGGUGGAGCAGCAAGAGGCGGCAGUCGCCUCCGGCGGGACCGGCCACCACUCAUCAUCGCAACUACACACCCAAAUCGGAGUCUAUUAAAGUUGAGCUUCAGAACCAAACACAUUUUAUUCGACCGGAGGAUGUUCUAAUUCCUGAUUCGAAUAUUGGCAGUAAAUUGAGAGAGAAAUCGGAUGCGGACCACGAUGUGCACGCUGCUAGGGUUAGGCUUAGGCGAUUCAUAGACGGUGGUAAUAACUAAUUAGUUGGCUGAAAAUGGUGUGACGGUCUGUAAAUUACAUGAGAUUGUUGUGCUCACUAACUCAAGUUUCAAAUUUAUUCUUUUUUUUUUUUUUUU